UUCACAAAUAUAUAUAUUAGUCACUGUAAAAAUUAGAAUUUAAAGCAGGAAAAGAGAAAAAACAGAGGAGGAGAGAUAUGCCGGAAUACUGUGUAACUGGAGGAACAGGGUUCAUUGCUGCUUAUUUGGUCAAGUCCUUGCUGGAGAAAGGUUGCUUUGUGCGCACCACAGUGCGAGAUCCAGGGGAUGUGGGAAAGGUUGGUUUUCUUAGGGAGUUGGCUGGAGCCAAGGAGAGGCUGAAGAUUAUGAAAGCUGAUUUGAUGGAGGAAGGAAGCUUUGAUGAGGCAAUCCAAGGCGUUGAUGGUGUUUUCCACACUGCAUCUCCGGUUCUGGUUCCCUAUGACGACAACGUUCAGGCAACUUUGAUUGAUCCAUGCAUAAAGGGCACCUUGAAUGUGCUGACAUCCUGUUCCAAAGCCAGCAGUGUGAAAAGGGUUGUGCUCACCUCCUCCUGCUCUUCAAUACGGUACCGUUUUGAUGUCCAGGAGCAGCAAAUUUCAUCCCUUAAUGAGUCACAUUGGAGUGAUCUAGAGUAUUGCAAACGCCACAAUCUCCUUUACGCAUAUGCAAAGACUGUCGCUGAAAAAGAAGCGUGGAGUGUAGCAAAAGAAAGUGGGAUCGAUCUGGUGGUAGUGAACCCAUCUUUCGUGGUUGGUCCUUUGCUUGCGCCACAGCCAACUAGUACUCUGCUAUUGAUACUCUCUAUAGUCAAAGGCUUGAGAGGUGAAUACCCAAACACCACGGUAGGGUUUGUGCACAUAUAUGAUGUGAUUGCAGCUCACAUUAUGGCUAUGGAAGAAAGCAAAGCAUCAGGCAGGCUAGUAUGCUCUAGCUCAGUAGCUCAUUGGACGCAGAUCAUUGAGAUGCUGAGGACCAAGUAUCCUUCCUAUCCUUUCGAAAACAAGUGUAGCAGUCAAGAAGGAGACAACAAUGCACAUAGCAUGGAUACGAGCAAGAUACAACAGUUGGGCUUCCCAGCAUUCAAAUCACUUCCUGAAAUGUUUGAUGACUGUAUCAAGAGUUUCCAGGACAAAGGAUUUCUAUGAAGUUCACGUUUUCCUCUGCAAACUGUGGUUCAUAUUCCCUGCAUUCGGUGUUUCGCUUUCAUCAAAUAAAAGCUGUUCAAAAUAAUAUAUUGUACUUGUGCCGACUGCGGAAAACACAUUAUUAUAUGCAAGUUUGAUCCAUGUUUUGGCUCCUCACUGCUGUUGACCUUAAAUUUGGUUGCCAUGGUAUUAAAACUUCCAUGCCUUUAACUAUGAUCCCACGUUUUGCAUAAAUAUUAAUGAGAAAAUUC